AUGGGAAAUGUUGGAAGCCGGCUGGACGACUCGGGGAGUCUAUACUUCAAGGAUCAAAAUAAAUUUACGAUCGCAUCUGUGACUAUACUUGACUCCAGGAGGCGAGUCUUGUUAAAUCUUACCCCGAAUUCAUUCCCUGCAAGCAGAUAUAUCGCCAAGCGUGAUAUCAGCGAUGACACUCCGAUUGAAUACAUCCAGGACCCUGAUUUUUCCCCUUCUUCCCCAGCGCCCACCUUCCUUUUACGGCUUACCAACGAAGAUGAGUUGAACUUCAACUUCACAUUCAUAUUGAGACAGACUAAAACCGGCAAUGUCGCGAAUUCUACUGUUAAUGGUGUUGCGACUUCUCUCCCAGAAGUUGCGGACACCGUGCUCACCGGUCUAACUUUCGCGCAUGCGCCGAAUUCAAAGGAGCUGGACAACCUAAUUACCAGGGAAUUUCAUGCCAAUCCCAAUCUACAGAACAAUUCGAAUGUGCAGUUUGUAGGAGAUUACUCCACGAACGGCAGUCCAUCUGUGCAAUUCGAAUGGUCGUGGAGAUGGAAGCCGCCAAAACCAGUAGAGGACAAAGGAGGCGGCUGGAGAAACAGCUGCAGUUUCUUGGAAUAUGACCAAAGGGCUAACCGGCUGAAUACACUUGCUCAUUUCUCUUUUUGGGUACAGAAUACGAUGCGCGCCUUGCCGAGCCCUCAAAUUUUAUCGCCAAGGUUAGAACUUAGCGUUCCACCCCGGCACCAUCCUGGACUACGAGAGGUUUAA